AUGGGCCUCGUAGGGCGUAAUGGGACAAACUUUGACAGCUCCGGUAAACGGGUGGCCGGAAGAGGGUGGCAGCAGAUUUUCUCCCAGUUUCACGGAACAUUCUUUGAUUAUUUUCUCAACAUUCGCUUGAAGUACUCGGAAAGUAUUAUACAAGCUGCCUACCAACAGAGCGGGGGUAACCUGUUGAUCGGCUGGGAAUUCAGAGAUCUAAAGCUAUCUGCAAGCAAACACGACACCUGUCGCGUCACGGUACAAGUGGCGCGUGUGGACACUCCGGCGACCAAGGAAGUAAAAUGCAAAUAUCUUGUGGGUGCCGAUGGGGGAAAUUCUCUCGUGCGUCGCCUCAGUGGCAUAUCUUUUCCCCAAGAUGCAACCGCCCAUAAUUGGGUACGAAUCGACGCUGUUGUCAAAACGAACAUGCCAGACUCCAGAAUCGGCGUGGCAGGCAUCGAAUCAGUUUCACAUGGGAAUGUUCUUUGGGUCCCUCUCGACCACGGCAGGACCCGGAUCGGUUUUGCUCUGAACAAGGAGAUGUACGAGAAGUACGGGGACAAACUCACAGAAGAACAAGCCAAACAUGAGGCAACUCAAGCAGUUCUACCUUUCACUCUAGAGUUCGAGUCUGUAGACUGGUACACGAUCUACAGUAUCCGGCAGGGUGUUGCAGAACAGUACAUGAUUAAUGACUGUGUUCUGUUAGCCGGCGAUGCAAGCCACACUCAUUCCUCUGGGGCUGCUCAAGGUAUGAACACGGGUAUUCACGAUGCCAUCAACCUGUCGUGGAAGUUGGGAGGAGUUCUCUCGGGCUGGUUUAAGCCCGAAAUCCUGCAAACUUACGACUCGGAGCGCCGACCAAUAGCGCGUACGCUCAUCGAACAUGACAAACAGUAUUCGACCUUGAUUUCGGGUGACAAGGUCGACAAGGUGUUCGAAGGCGACGUCAAUCAGUUGCUCGCAAACCUGAUGCGCAACACCGCAGACUUCGUCCUCGGACUGGGUAUCGGCUACGAAGAGAAUAUGAUCAACCUCAGUCCAAAUGCUGGGUGCCUUAGCGCAGGCCACCGCUCCGAUGACGCCAUUUCUCUAUGGUCCUGGACGUAG